AUGCUGGUCAAAUACAACAAAUCGCGAAAGGAUAGAAAGACUGCACCAUGUCCCUGCACAUUGUCCGAAAGUACCGAACAUUCUCGAUGCCGACCUUUCUCCAUAGAUCGAGUCUAUUGGAGCAGAUACGACACAAAUGCGACCUCAGUCCACGUGUGGCAUUGUUCAAGUGUAGAAGCCGAACAAGGCUCUGCUAAUGCCGUGUUCAUCAUAGGUCAAACUGAAGAGAAAACAGAUACUACAUGGAAGGAAAAGAAGAGAAGAGAGGCUGACCCGGUCGAGGGUUUCAUUUAUGCUACUCUGGAAUUUCAAUUGUGUCACCUGAGACUGAAAUAA